AUGGUCGGCAAGUCGCUCGGCGAUGGAGUCUACUCCGCGACUUACAGUAAUGUCCCAGUCUACGAGUAUCAGUUCGUUAUGCGCCGCCGCUCUGAUGAUUGGAUCAAUGCAACACACAUCUUAAAGGCUGCCGGCUUCGAUAAGCCCGCCCGAACCCGAAUUCUCGAGCGUGAAGUCCAGAAGGAGACACACGAGAAGGUUCAAGGUGGUUAUGGCAAAUACCAAGGUACCUGGGUGCCACUUGAGCAAGGAGAAGCCCUGGCACAGCGAAAUAAUGUCUUUGAGAAGUUGCGCACCAUUUUCGAAUUCACCCCCGGCAACAUUAGCCCUCCUCCUGCUCCCAAACACACUACGGCCAAACCAAAGCUCCCUAAGAAACCAGCAGUUCCCAAAUUCACACCAAAACCAGUGGCCGCACCAGCUCGCAUGAUACACGAAGAGUACGACGAUGUCUCUCAGAUGGAUAACGAGAGUAUUGCGGAUGAUAUUACAGUCGCUUCUGCUUCCUUGAUGGUCGAAGAUGACCGAUACGAAACCCAACAACUUACCGGCAACCGCAAGCGUAAGCGUGAAGAGCAGGAUGAUAUAGAGCACGAAACAGAGCGCAACCAUGUUCUCUACGCCGAUGAUCUGCUCGACUACUUUAUGCUUUCCCAUCCUUCCCAAGGUAACAACGUGGCAACCAAACCUGCACCACCUGUCAACUUCCAACCAGAUUGGAUUAUCGACUCUGAUGGUCAUACCGCACUUCACUGGGCUGCUGCGAUGGGCGAUAUGGCGAUCAUACAAGAGCUGAAAAGAUUCAACGCCAAUAUAACUGCGGUGAACAUUCGAGGAGAGACACCGCUCAUGCGAUGUGUCCUAUUUACCAAUUGCAAGGACAAGAAUAGUAUGCCAUUAGUUUUGAACGAACUGAUGUCCACCAUCGAUUGCAUCGAUUACUGCCAAGCUACAGUACUCCACCACGCAGCUAUGAUGACAAUCAGUCGCCAGAAGCAUCACUGUGCCCGGUACUACCUGGAUGUUAUCCUCAAUAAGAUGGUGGAGUGCCUUAAACCCCAGGAAAUCCAACGAGUGCUUGAUGCUCAGGACAUGCACGGAGAUACGGCGAUCCAUAUUGCAGCAAAAAACAAGGCCCGCAAGAGUGUAAGAGCUUUGCAGGGCCGAGGAGCCAGAACUGACAUUCCCAAUCUCGACAAUAUCACCGCUAAUGAUCUUCUCCAAGAAUUGAAUGAGAGUCGAAAGUCGGAACGGGCACUCCAAGGUUCUUCUUCCCCAUUUGGACCUGAUUCGAGAUCAGUGUACGGAGAGAUGCCGGAGGAGCCAAGUCGAAACCCACCUCAUCACAUCUCUGAAGCGGCCAUGUCAAUCGAGUCUACUAUCGCACCCCUUAUGAUGGAGAGGUUUCAGAACCUAGCCAACUCCUUCGACGACGAGCUUGUCGAGAAGGAAACCUCGGAGAGAGAAGCUAGACGGAUCUUGAAGAGUACGCGCCAGGAACUCGAGUCUUCGAAGGCUCAGAUCAAAGAGAUUUUAUACCACAAGGAGAGCCCGGAUGUCAUGGCCAAGGCCAAGGAGCAGCUUUCCCAUGUCGAGAAGGCUGUCACUAUGCUCAUCGAGCAGCAGCAGAGCAUUCAGCUUCAGUUCCGGUCACAACAGGAGGAGUGCAAGAGUAAUGGCCAUGAGAUAAGUAGCGAAGACGAUAUUGACGAGCGAGUGAUGUUGGCGAAGAUGUUGGACGAAGAACGAAAAAAGCGACAGAAGCUUGUUGUUCAAUACCGUGAUGCCUUGAGCGUGGCUGGCGCGGGCGAGAAAGGCGACCAAUAUCGACGACUCCUUGCGAAAUGUCUUGGCGAGGAUGUUGAGCACAUGGAUGAAAAUAUUGAUGUCCUUGUUCACACUCUUACCGAGGAGGAGGCUGGUCAAGAGGGCGAGAUUGUCAUCCCCGAUCGCUGA